GACAGACUCACAACUCCAGAGGAGACAGACUCACAGCUCCAGAGGAGACAGACUCACAGCUUCAGAGGAGACAGACUCACAACUCCAGAGGAGACAGACUCACAGCUUCAGAUCUGUAUCUUUUACAACACAAGUCUAUCUAGGGCUGAAGGAGCCGGCCUGGUUUGAGCUUAUCCUUAGGAUUCAAGGAUCCAGGAAGUUGAGAUCGAGAGGAAGGGACGUUCGUCAUCAGCACCAUGGCGUCUGAGGGAGUGGUCGAGCUGCGUGAUUGGCUGUUCCUGCUCAUGCUCUGCCUGACUCUGUUGGCCGAGGUGCUGGAGAUUGCUGCAGCCACAGGGUACGACGAGGAGGGAGACCCAGUGUGCCCCUCUGUCUGCCGAUGUGACGAGGACUUCAUCUACUGCAACGACCGUGGCCUGAGCUCGAUCCCCCCUCUGCCCCCCUCUGCCACUGUACUCUACCUUCAGAACAACCACAUAGACAACGCCGGGCUCCCCACCUCCCUAGAGCGUCAACUCACCAUCCGAGUGGUCUACUUGUAUGAUAACGAGCUGGAUGACUUCCCCAUGCACCUGCCCCCUUCCCUCCGGGAGCUGCACCUGCAGGACAACAACAUCCGUACGCUUCCCCGCGCCACCCUGGCCCGCAUGCCUCUACUGGAGAAGCUGCACCUGGACGACAACUCUGUCUCCACCGUCAGCAUCGAGGACCAGGCCUUCGUUGACAACCCACGGCUGCGCCUGCUUUUCUUGUCACGUAACCACCUGUCCAGCAUCCCCUCUGGGCUCCCGGCCUCUCUGGAGGAACUGAGGCUGGACGACAACCGCAUCUCCACCAUCCCCACCCACGCCUUCCGUGGCCUCUCCUCCCUGCGACGCCUCGUUCUGGACGGGAACCUGCUUGCCAACCAGCGCAUCGCAGACGACACCUUCUCCCGCCUCUCCAACCUGACAGAGCUUUCAUUGGUGCGUAACUCCCUCCUGACCCCGCCACUCAACCUGCCCAGUACCCACCUGCAGCGUCUCUCUCUGCAGGACAACGCUCUUAUCCACAUUCCCCGUGGCUCCCUGGAUGGCAUGAGGAGGCUCCAAAGACUGGACCUGUCUGGCAACAACCUGACCACCCUGCCUCGGGGCCUGUUCAAAGACCUGGACAACCUGGGACAACUGCUGGUGCGGGGGAAUCCCUGGCACUGUGGCUGUAACCUGCGCUGGUUACAUGACUGGCUUCAUGUUAGGGGUAACUCCAUCACGGUGAGGGGCCUCACCUGCCAGGGGCCUGACAAGGUUCGAGACAUGGCCCUUAAGGACCUGACCAGUCAGAUGGAGGAGUGUGAAGUCCCAGGCAUAGUGGCUGUCGGGGCUGGGGUCGGGGCCACAGGAAGUGAGACCAGAGACAGGGGGGGUGGAGCAGAAGUAGGAGGGGUUGCUGCUAGCUCCACCACCCUCGCCCCUCCACAGGGUUCCCUCUUCACCCUGCGCUCCAAGCGGCCCGGCCUGGGGCUACCAGACUCAGGUCUAGACUACACACUGGGCAGCAGUGGAGUAGGUAAGAGCCUGGCCCUGAAUGUCAAGCCCUUGGCCCCUGACAGCAUCCGUGUCACUUGGAGCGUGGCCCAGCCCACCUCCUCCUUCAGACUCAGUUGGCUGCGGCUGGGAACCAGCGCUGCCAUGGGCUCCAUCACAGAGACCCUGGUGAGAGGAGACCGUAGAGAGUACCUGCUCACUUCCCUGCACCCCCACUCCAGCUACAUCAUCUGCAUGGUGCCCCUGGCGGCCAGCUCCGGGGGUAAAGGAGUCAUGGCAGGUGGAAACACUGACUCAGAUGAAGCUCCAGUGUGCGCUAAAGCUGAGACGUCAGACCCCAGUCAGCCAGAUGUGGGCCAGGAGGACAACCAGGACCCUGAACACAUGGCUACUCUACCUCUGGCUGGGAUCAUUGGAGGAGCUACGGCCAUCGUCUCUCUGGCGCUCAUAGUUGCUGUCUUUUGCUGGUACAGGCAACGGGCGGGACGCCUGUCUUCUCGUGAUCAAUACAGCCGUGGCAGCUCCAGAAAGAGCAAGCACUACGAUGACUACAUUGAGUCAGGCACAAAGAAAGACACCACCAUCCUGGAGAUCCGAGGCCCAGGGUUCCAGAUGACACCCAUGGUUACCCACCAGCCGCUGCAACCCAUGCCCCUCCGGGAGGAUUACAUCAUCCACACUAUAUUCCCCUCCAAUGGCACCGGCCUCUACAAAGGUGCCCACCAAGUGUCCAAUGCAGGGUAUGGCACCAACCGUGGCUAUAGAGAAGGAGGGAUCCCAGAUAUAGACUACUGUUACACGUGAUAGUCCUGGCCAGUUCCACACUGUUCUAGGUGUACUGUAUAGAUGCACAGUUUUUUUUGUCCGCAUGGGUUCUUCUGAAGCACCCCCUUUUGUGCCUUCCUCUUCUAGUCUCCCAUUCCAGCUAAGCCUGCUGUUUACUGCACUGACACUAUUUGAUGAAUUGGUUGGGAUGCCUGCAGGAAACCGCUCCUGGUACACAGCACAGCAGGGACUAACGAACGUCCCAUUACAGGUGUUGAUACGGACUGCUUCUUCACACCGUCAGUAACAGUCAGUGUACUUGUUCAUCACUGCUCCCUCUCUCAGUGAGACAUAGUCAAAUAAUGUGCUGUGUUGAAACGGCAAGAUAUUUUCACAUACAGUACAGUUCCAUUUCAGGGCAUAUGUAUGGGAACGUCACACUAACAAAGCUGUUAAAAAGGUUAAAAAGUCCAGAAAGGGUCAGAGAGACAGACUGAUAUGCAUCCCUUGCCCACUGGCCAUAUUUUGCCCUCUUGGCUCAUCCGUGUAAAUGCCUCAACUAUCCUGAUGUGGCCAUUUUGUCCUAUCAGUUACCUGAAGACAGGGCUCUUUAAAGCUGUGAAUGGUUCUUUUUCAAACGGCCCACAUAACCGCUUGUCUUAAAGCAGACUAGUUGUAGUCUGAUCCAGUAGUUCCACAGGGUGAGGGUCUUGUCGGGGCCCAGGGGUGGCUGUCCCUGAAGAUAUCCUUGAUGACUCUGGCUAAAUUCUAGAACGGAACAAUGCAUUGAAUUCAAUGCAGCCCAGGCUUGUAGAUACUUAACUUUGAUAGACAUCCACUAAUCAAAGCUGGUGCUUUGACCAGUCCCUCAUUUGCUACCCUUAUUUAUUGGUUUUGUUUUCAGUGCGUUUUUUUGGAGCUGGGCCUUGACAUUUUUGAUGGGGAAAUUACUCUAAUUUCACCCUUGAUGGGGAUGAUGGAUUUGUUGUAGGUCAUUUUUGAGCAAGAAGAAGAUUUAAAAAAUACAUAAAAAACUCUGAAGAUUAGAAUUCUCUUGACUGCACCAGCGUGAAUGUUUAUGUUAUGUACACCUCUUCAAUGAAAACUAUCUGAAGCAAAAGAGACAUUAUCAGUUUACAAGACUUGGUUAAUAAUAGACUACCCUGCCAAGACUGUCAAAUCACUACUUUGAGACUUAAGAGUCAACCCUCCAUUUCUCCCUCUGUGUAGUUAUCAAGUUACCUUGGAAGGUGGUGGUGUUCUGGUGAGAAGGGGGGCCUCUGCUUGGUACUAGAUGGCUUUGUAGUUGUUCACUAGUGGGCCGAUUCCCAACAGGACAGAGGACUUCUGUGGAGCAUCCUGUGGACAGACACAGCGGUCUUGUAAGUGUGAACCAGACAAUUAGUAUGUAAACAGCUAGAGGAUAUCAGGUAGAUUAUCAAACCGUAACACUGUGGACCUGCACUGUGGGAGGGAGUGAGUAGGUCGAGGAUCCGAAGAGGUGGGGUGAAGCGACAAUGGGGUGAGUUCUAUUUUCCUUUGUGUGGGCACUGAUGAUAAUCCUCUGCUCAGCUGGGUUGGGCUCAAUUCGAAGUGAAGGCAGUCAAUUCAGGAAGUGUUUGAAUUUAAACUCUUGAAAUAAAUAGCUUUUCAGUUUUUUGAGAAGUCAUUGAAAAUAAAUGCCCUUAUUUAGAUUAUUUGAUUGUAAUUUUAGUUUACUUCUUGAAUUGACUGCCUUCAUUUCGAAUUGAGCCCAACCCUGCUACUCAGUCCACUUCCCCUACACCCAGCAGCACUACAAAUGUAAAUGAAUCAGCACUUACAGCUACAUAACAGGCAGUGAAUGAGGGGAUAAUGACAGACAGGGAGACCUAGAGAGACACAGAGGAAAAGAGAGCGACAGAAGACAACACAGAAAUGAUGGCUCUAGAACGACGGAGUUAACCCGGGCAUAAACCUGUUUGUCAUAGCCUGCUACUCCCCAUUGCUUUAAUAUUCUCCAUUGCUUGUUUAUCACUUUGCUGUUUCCAUGGUGGAAACAAAUCGUGAUUCCUUGGCUGUUUUGUCUGUUAGGAUUUCCUAGUAGGUUGACUGUCAAACAAUAUGUCAAAGGAGCAUUCAUUAUAUUUGAUUUUGAAAUACAACAUGUGAAACUGGAACAAAUGAUGCUGUUGGUGGCAGGUUUUUAUUUUAGACAUUUUUGAUAAACAUCAUUUUUACAUUUUUUAUUUUAUUCAUCUUAUGCUGUUACCAUGACAUCCACUAAUUUCCACUUUGAGAUACCAUCCACACCUGUCUCUACAGGAAAAACUAAAUACUGAGCCUUUUAAAAGUGUAGGUGUCCCUAUUGAGUGUACACCUUUAGAAAUCAAUUCUCAGAGAGUGGUAAUAGUACAGUAUAAUCUAUCACAUUUCACAGCAACAAUGUCGCCAUUUCACCAUAUGUAAGAGCACAAAUAACUGUUGAAAUAUAUAUAUUUUAUUUUUUUAAGUAACCACACAUAGGGGUAAUAGUGAGAGGAAGAAUCAUAUCACAGGUAACCAGCUUACAUACAGAAACCAGGCCUGCAUGUUUUACUGUAACUCCCUCUCUCUCCUAUAAAACAUAGUGUAUUUAUUUGGUAUGCAGCUAUUACGGCAGGUAGCAUAGUGCUUAGAGGGUUGCACCAGUUACCGCGAGGUCGCUGGUUCAAAUGAGCCAUCAAGGUGAAAAAUGAGCAAGGCACUUAACCAUAAUUUGCUUUACUAUGGCUGACCCUGUAAAACACCAAAUUUCACUGCACCUAUGUGAUAAUAUAUAUAUAUUUUGUUUCUAGUUGAGCUUGCAUGCCUAGAUAUGUAUGUUUGAGAGAAAGGGAGGAGAGAGAGAGAGAGAGAGAGAGAGAGAGAGAGAGAGAGAGAGAGAGAGAGAGAGAGAGAGAGAGAGAGAGAGAGAGUACCAUAGUAAGUAUGCAGCUUGUGUGCAUCACAGUCAUCGCAGGGAGCACUUACGGUAAUUUUGUUUCAUUUUUUUAGACCAUCUGCCGAUUUUACUUCUCUGUCGACUCGACCAGCAGUUGGUGUUUGUUUGUGUGUCAGAUUGUGUGGCUCCUGCCGACUCAGACCAGCAGUUGUUCCACCUGCAGCCCAUUAACACAGAUGUCUUCCCUUUCCUGCUGCGACUGCCCUGGCUCCACCGAAAGGCCCUGUUUGCAUAGUCUGUGUUUCUAAAAAAAAAAUAAAACACUCCUCUCUGUGCUCAGAUCGAUGCUAGCUGCACAAUAACAGAGAGUGAAAACAGGGUCAGCUGGGGAUCCGUCACCCAGCACACUUUCUAAAGCUUUCUGGGUGAAAUGGUGCUCAUCAUUAUUAUCAUUAUCAUCAAUUAUUGCACAUUCCCAUCCACAUUCAGUGCGCCCUCUUCAUGCCCCUUCUCUUAGUAGAGUGCCCAUCACCCAACCCACACAAGAGUUGGAAGCCUUUGGUAUGCUGAGUGGAUCCAGGUUUCAGGCGCCAACUUGUGCCACUUUCACAUCAUGUCGGAAACUUGGGAACUCUUGAGAUUUCCGACUUACUUAUUCAUUGUAGAAAGAUGAUACAGAAUCAACCAACAGGAAGUUCUACGCAAAUAACUUACGUUAAUUUUAACUCUAAGGUCCUGAGUUUCCAACAUGACAUGAACACGGCAUAACACACGAAAUUCAAGGCAAUGGUCUGUGGUUUUAUGCUUUAAAAAUCAUUUUAAUGUUAUUUUUUUUGUCUACCCCUCCAUAUUGUUCCUGUGUUUUUUGUAAUUUGCUGCUGUUGAAACAUCGCUCUCUCUUCCUUUGUUGGACUCUGUGUUAUACUGAGAAAAAAUGAACUAUUUUGUAUAAAAGAUGUCUCUUUUCAAUGUGAUUAAAGGGGAAAUGUGCAAAGCC